AUACUAUCUAUCUACUCUUCAUUGUCUUGCGAUCAGAGCCCAUUUGUAUCACACGGAUUUAAUACAUAAAGCUGACCUACGACAUCUAUCAGAGUGGAUGUACGCGUGGAUGGCGCAUACACUGAAAUUGCGUCUUUACUCUCGUCAGUACGGCGGAUCUUCUUUUGCGACAGGGUGGCCAGACUGGAUCACGUGACUCGAGAAGCAAACGAAGCGUCCUGGCGCACUCGUGUUCCCCCCUCCGUCUGUCACCAUCCAUCCGUGAUCCCCGCUCCGUGGAUGAAACACCGGUCACCUUCAGAGCAGCAUCACGGGAAAAGGGCCCGUGCUCCCGCUGACUGUCUGACAUCGCAAGAAGCAAUGGAUGACAAAGCACCGUCAAACCCGCGGGAACUUACCCAAAACCCACUGAAGAAAAUUUGGAUGCCCUGUAAAAAUGGCCUUCCCGAAAAUCACAUUUCUCAAAGAAGGGUAUGCAUGACCAACUGCCCCACUCUGAUUGUAACUGUGGGUCUCCCUGCCAGAGGGAAGACCUACAUCUCCAAGAAGCUGACUCGCUAUCUCAACUGGAUUGGAGUGCCCACGAGAGAAUUCAAUGUCGGGCAAUACAGGAGAGAUUUUGUAAAGAUCUAUAAAUCCUUUGAGUUUUUUCGUCCAGACAAUGAGGAGGGUUUAAGGAUACGAAGACAAUGUGCAUCAGCUGCUUUGAAUGAUGUUAGGCAGUAUCUUACAAGUGGAGGACAAGUCGCUGUUUUUGAUGCAACAAAUACCACUAGGGAAAGAAGGGAUACCAUUCUCCAGUUUGCUGAGCAGAAUGGGUUUAAAGUGUUCUUUGUGGAGUCUGUAUGUGAAGAUCCAGACGUCAUACAAGAGAACAUUGUCCAAGUCAAACUUGGUAGUCCAGAUUACACCAACUGUAACUCAGAUGAUGCAGUGGAAGAUUUUAUGAAGAGAAUUAAAUGCUAUGAAAACUCAUAUGAAACACUGGAUGAAGUAUUGGACAGGGACCUCUCCUACAUUAAAAUCUUUGACGUUGGUCAGCGUUAUCUGGUGAACCGCGUCUUGGACCACAUCCAGAGCCGUAUCGUGUACUACCUCAUGAACAUACACAUCACACCUCGCUCCAUUUACCUGUGUCGCCAUGGUGAGAGUGAGCUCAACGUUAAGGGGCGCAUUGGAGGAGAUUCAGGCCUCACUCCCAGAGGCAAAGAGUUUGCGAAGAAGUUAAGCCACUUCAUCCAGACCCAGGGCAUCAGCGACCUGAAGGUGUGGACCAGUCAAAUGAAGAGAACCAUCCAGACUGCAGAGGCGCUGAAUGUACCGUAUGAACAGUGGAAAGUCCUAAAUGAAAUUGAUGCAGGUGUAUGUGAAGAAUUAAUGUAUGAAGAAAUCCAAGAGAACUACCCUCUGGAGUUUGCUCUGAGAGACCAGGACAAGUACCGCUAUCGCUACCCAAAGGGAGAGUCUUAUGAAGACCUAGUGCAGCGGUUGGAGCCAGUUAUUAUGGAGCUGGAGAGGCAGGAGAACGUUCUGGUUAUCUGUCACCAGGCUGUGAUGCGCUGCCUUUUGGCCUAUUUCCUGGACAAAACUGCAGAAGAACUGCCAUACCUCAAGUGCUCAUUGCAUACUGUGCUCAAGCUGACUCCAGUGGCCUACGGUUGUAAAGUUGAAUCUAUCUGCUUAAAUGUGGACGCUGUUGACACAUAUAGAGAGAAACCAGAGAACGUAGAAGUAUGGCGGCUGUCAGAGGAGGCUUUGCUAACAGUACCAGCUCAUCAAUGAGGCCGUACCUCACCCCCCACUUCCCCCAAAACACUCACUAAAGCAAUCAGACGCACAAUGCACCUGCCAGACUGAGCGACGACUGUGAACACUGAUUUUCUUACUAAAGCUGUGAUGAUGACUGUAGCUGACUGGAAUCCAGUUGAUUUUUUUAAUCAAGUAGUGACACAGUUUUUGUGUCAAGUGUAGUUUUAUCCCUGAAACCUCAAAGAUAAUAUAGAUAAUGAAGUUGAUGAAAAUGAAAUGUCUUUUUCUUGCUAAAAUUUGUAUAUGCUCCCACUGAGGUUCUCAUAAUCUAAACUCACAUGUAACGCCUGUUUGUUCAUUUUUAUUUCCGUAAUGUUCAUUUUUCGACCUUGCACAACAUGUCAUUUUGAGCACAUCUCGUCAAGUGCAAGUCUGUAUAUGAAGCUCUUAAUACUAUCACUAGUCAAAAUACAUGUUUGUGUUGGUCUAAAUAAAUAACAGUCAACCAGUGAUAUAAUCGUGAUUCCUCGUCCACGUUUUUGUCUAGUUAUAAACAGUAUCACUUUAUUAUGGUUAUUGUUGACGGGCUGAGAUAUUGGUGUCUUCUGUAUGCCUCCUGCAUGUAUGAGCACUAUGAAGCAGUAAAGUACCCUCAUUCAUGAGGUGGAACAGUGCACUUCAUUUAUGAACACCCACCAUCUCUGACAUCUGCCAUAAUACAACUGUGUACUUGUCUAACCCACAAAAGCAAAUUUGGUGGUUCAUGUAAAUGCCACUAUAUUUCUAGGAUUUUUCUAUACCUCUAUAGUUACGCACAUGAAGAGCAUAAAAUAAACAUGUGGCUUU